AUGCGCUGGACCACCAGCAUUCGCUCUCUUUCGACCAUAUCCAAGCCUUUCGUCAGAAUCGAGACGGCCAAGCAGUUCGCGCGCAGAAUGGCCGACCUUCCUUCCACAUACGAUGGGCCCGUCUCCAUCGCCGUCAUCGGCGGCACCGGUCUUCGUGAGCUUCCUGGAUUCACCCAGGUUGCCUCGUUGAAUGUGUCGACUCCCUGGGGCGAGCCUUCCUCCCCGAUCACUAUCCUGCACCACAAGUGCAAGCACAACGACAAGACCGUCGCGGUCGCGUUCCUGUCCCGUCACGGUCUCCACCACCAGAUUGCCCCUCACGAGGUGCCUGCUCGUGCCAACGUCGCUGCUCUGCGCUCCAUUGGCGUUCGCAGCAUUAUCGCCUUCUCUGCCGUCGGCAGUCUGCAGGAGGCCAUCAAGCCCCGCGACUUUGUCAUUCCCGAUCAGAUCAUUGACCGCACCAAGGGUGUUCGCCCAUGGACCUACUUCGAGGGUGGUGUUGUCGCCCACGUUCCCUUUGGAGAUCCCUUCGAUGAGGGUAUGGCCAAGGUGGUCCGCGAGUGUGGACACAGCUUGGAGGGCGACGGUGUCGUCCUGCACGAUCGCGGCACCAUCGUUUGCAUGGAGGGUCCCCAAUUCUCUACCCGCGCCGAGAGUAACAUGUACCGCGCGUGGGGUGGCAGUGUGAUCAACAUGUCUGUCCUACCCGAGGCGAAGCUCGCCCGCGAGGCCGAGAUCGCCUACCAGAUGAUCUGCAUGUCCACCGACUAUGACUGCUGGCACGACUCGGCCGAUGUCACCGUUGAGAUGGUCAUGGGUAACAUGAAGUCCAACGCUGCCAAUGCUCGCCGCUUUGUGACCGCUGUUCUCGAUGCGCUGGCCGCUGAUGAGCACGCGGAUUUGGUCAACGGCAAGCACCUGGCUGGUUCCAUCAAGUUUGGCGUCAGCACUCCCCAGACCAACUGGAGUUCCGAGGCUAAGAAGAAGCUCGACUGGUUGUUCCCCGGCUACUUCUAA